AUGAGCGCCUCUUUGGGUGGACUAAAGGUUAGCGUGGAGUACUUACAGAGGGAUAAUGAAGAGAAACGAGUGGCUUUCUCUGCUUCCCUGCUGGCCUCAGGUGGAGGAAAUAUAGGACCAUUUAACACAAAGAGACCUCUAGUCUUCAGACAUGUUGAUGCAAAUAUUGGCAAUGCCUACAACUCAAACACAGGUUUUUUCACUGCACCUGUAAGAGGGGCUUAUCACUUUGAGUUCCACAUAUAUGGGCAUGGACAUGUGUCACACCCUACAGGUGCUUUGUUGGUCAAAAAUGGAGGUCCUAUUUGCAUUGCUUGGCAACAUCAGCCUUCUCAUUCUGUUAUACCAUCAAAUGGUGUCACAUUGCUGUUAGAGAUUGGAGAUGUUGUAUUAUUGAAUCAAUGGGAACACACAACAGUUUUUGAUGAUCAUAACCAUCGUACUACCUUUAGUGGUCAUUUGCUUUUUACUAUGUGA